AUGGAUCGUAUCGAGCCUGCGGAGGAUGGGAAUGCCCGGGGAAGUCCGGACAAUCAGUCCGGCGAGACAUCACCACCAAGGCCAGCAUUGGCAACUUUGCAAUCGCCUGGGCGCCCUCGGGCUCCUUCUGCACGAUCACGCCGACCGAGCAUCCGCCUGUCGCGUUUACCAUCCCUCCCUUCCUUAGAUACCGAGAACAUCCAGCCGCAGCCGGUAACCCCGGGGCCCUCUCUUCAGCGACAAGUAUCCAUACGGUCUCCCGUUGCAGAAGAAGAUGAAUCUGCACAUUCGGGUCGACGGCGCAGUAACUCUGAGCCACGGCCAGGGCGUUACUCCGGUCCUUCCUCCGAUGCCCUGUCGCGAGCGGCGACCCCUAUGCGCAUGAAUCCGCUGGCUGAGGAAUCAUCACGAAGCCCGUUACCUACCCCGCUAGCACCCACUCAACAGCCCGAAUCCGAUGCACCUGAUGUGGAGGGGGCCGAAGAGGCUCCGCCUCCGGUUCAACGGAGUAUGUUGCGACGUACGAGUCAGGCGGCGCUGAGACCAUUCACUCGUAACCGGGCUUCCACCGUGACUGGGGCCCCGCAACCAACGGUUCCUGAGAAUCAGGAGGUGGGCAUCAACGAGUAUGGUCCUCAUGUAGUUGAUGUGCUGGACGUGAUCGACCCGGAGGUUUCCGCCCUCUCGACUUUGACCAAUGUUCAAAAUUCGCUCUUCGUGCCCAACCUAGGUGGUUGGAUUAAUCGUAUGCCUACCUACACCCUCACUCGGAGACCGCCUCCGGACGAGGAGCAGGGCACCAGCACGGAUGAAGGAGAGGUAUCAGAUGACACCAAGCAACGCCCUACCUUGGAACAAAUUCGCCCGUUCUCUAGCAUGUCAUCCGUUUUAGCUGGACCACGAUAUGCUGUCCUGCCGGAAGGUCACGAUGACGAGUUGGCGGGAUGGACCCACGAGGACUUUGCUGAAUUGAAUGACCAUGUCCGGCAUAUGCUUCACUCCCGUCGGUCCAAGUUUAAGCGAGCUAUGAAGGGUUUUGGGCAAUACGUGCGAAAACCCCUUGGUUUCCUGGUCACCCUCUAUGCUACCCUGAUCACCCUAUUCGGUCUGGCCUGGGUUCUUUUCUUGAUUGGCUGGAUUAAUGUUGCUGGCAAGCAGUCUUAUCUUAUCAACAUUAUCGACAACGUCCUAGUGGGUCUCUUUGCCAUUAUGGGUGAUGGACUUGCCCCCUUUCGAGCUGUCGACACGUACCACAUGAUCUUCAUCGCGCAUUACACUCACAAAACCUGGGAAAUCCGUGACAAGCGAAAGCUCCCUGAUCUCAAAGACAAGAAUGAUCUCCCAGCUCGGCCCGAGAAGGAUGUGGAUGUCGAAUUCGGCGACACUCCUAAGGAUGAAGAACACGAGUUCACUGUCCUUGAAAGAGCGCAGCAGCUCAAGUUGCAGCAUCACCAGAACAAAUUCGCCAAAUCACACACCUUCUACAAACCCCAUGAGACAUUGACUCACCACGCCUUCCCGAUGCGCAUGCUCGUCGCUAUCGUCGUUAUCCUUGAUUGUCACUCUCUACUUCAGAUGGCUCUCGGUGCUUGUACCUGGAGUAUGGAACCACCGAAAUACCGACCAUUUGCAUUGACUACUGUCAUUCUUUGUUGCUCUAUCACCUGCAACAUUACUGGUGGUAUAAUGAUCAUGAUUGGUGACCGGAUGACGCGAAAGAAGGACAUUGUGGAGCGCCUCUUCCGACAGCAAUUGACCGAAGAAGCCAUGAAGAAGAUGGAGAAACGUAAGGUCAAGGAAGAGCGCCGCAGCAUGCAAAUUGAUCAAGAGCGUCGUAGCAUGCAGGUUGAUCAAGAGCGUCGUAGCAUGCAGGUUGAUCGUGACCUCCGCGGUGUCCCUGAACCCUACAUUGCUAGUUGA